UGUAUCUGGUGAGAUGUCGCUCUGAUAUAUACCCCUAGUUUCCUCGCAUAGCCCCUUGGUUUGCCUCGCUGAUGCAGAUGGGUUUUUUCUUGAUGUGGCGUGGACGGGUUUAUAACGACUGCAUGAUUUUCCUUUUCUCCGCCAAUAGACAUGUCUAUCCAGAAAAAAGAAGGGCUGUGGAAUUUUUGGUCGGCGGCUGGCGUGCACGCUUUAUUUGAACGAAGUUGGAGAUGCGGAGUCCGGAGGAUGGUGAUGAGCAUGAUACAACAACGCCUUAUGAUGGAGUUGAGUUCAGGUCAAAUGAUGGGAACUACUGUACUCCCAGAUGAUUUUGGGCCAGUUGUGGUGCAGCAGAUCCGCCCAUCAUGGCUGGUUAUUCUAUGUCUGUUUCUUUUCUUCUUGUUUCCUUUUUGCACCAUCACACACAAACACAAACCUUCGUUUCAACACAAAUCACACAUAUUUUUCCUAUACUCUCACUAUCAUAUUAAUGACGAGAUACGGCGGAUUGCAAAAUAGGGUGGUCAUCAAAAUCAAGGCAUGGUUUAGGGUGGGAUGAAUAUUCAUUUAUUUGUUGAUCUAUUUCAGGCACGACUUGAUAAAAAAGCAUGUUUGGGCAAUAUCAUUAUAUUUAUAAAAUGAUGGGCUUCCAUU